CACCUCCCUUCUCAUGGGACUUUGCGGACAGAGCGCCCCGACCGCCUCGAGCGCUCGAGCAGGGCGCUCUCCAGGAGCCAGGACGGCGUCGGGAACCACACCAUGGCUCCCGGACCCCAAGACCCUUAAGUUUGUUUUCGUCAUCGUCGCGGUUCUGCUGCUGGUCCAAGUUGACUCUGCCACCGUCUCCCGGAAGGAUGAAGUUCCCCCGCCGCCAGUGGCCUCAAAGCAACAGAGGCGCAGCCUCGAGGAGGAGUGUCCAGCGGGUGCUCAGGUUCACUCAGCCUUCAGGUUCUCAGGCCCCUUCCUCCUCCCAGUCAAGGCUGGGGCUUUUGGGAAGUCCCCCAAGGGCUCCUCUCCUUGCAGAGUCUCUCAGGGAAACACAUUCCCAAAACCUUAUGCUCUGUUGUCAGGUCAAACAAAUAAAAGCUCCUGCACCACGACCAGAGACACUGUGUGUCAAUGUGAAAAAGGAAGCUUCCAGGAUGAAAACUCCCCUGAGAUGUGCCGGAAGUGCAGCACAGGGUGUCCCAGAGGGAUGAUCAAGAUCAGUGAUUGUACGCCCUGGAGUGACAUCAACUGCAGUGCAUCAGCUGCCAGUUCCACUGGGAAAACCCCCGCGGCGGAAGACACAGUGCCCACCAGCCUGGGGACUCCUGACCUUUACGGUCUCAUAGCCGGCGUCGUUACAGUCUUCAUCAUUCUGUUCGUGGCUGCGUUUGUUUGCAUUUUACGUCGGAAGAAACUCAUUUCUUCACUGAAAGGCAUCUGCUCAGGUGGUGGAGGGGACCCCGAACGUGUGCACAGAGUCUUUUUCCGGCGUUCACGUCCUUCACGAGUUCCUGGGACGGAGGACAAUGCCCGCAACGAGAGCCUGAGUACCAGAUUCUUGCAGCCCACCCAGGUCUCUGAGCAGGAAAUCAAAGGUCAGGAGUCGGCAGAGCCAACAGGUGUGACUGUACAGUCGCCAGAGGAGGCACAGCGUCUGCUGAGUCUGGAUCUCCACAGGCAUACAGUGGGUGUCACAGGCGGCAGUGUGCUUAACUCGAUGGGGAGGACUUUGCGGACAGAGCGCCCCGACCGCCUCGAGCGCUCGAGCAGGGCGCUCUCUAGGAGCCAGGACGGCGUCGGGAACCACACCAUGGCUGCUGGCCGCAAGACCCUUACGUUUGUUUUCGUCAUCAUCGUGAUUCCGCUGCUGGUCCAAGUUGACUCUGCCACCAUCUCCUGGCAGGACGAAGUUCCCCCGCCGCCAGUGGCCUCACAGCAACAGAGGCACAGCCUCGAGGAGGAGUGUCCAGCAGAUGAAGAAGAGAUGAGUCCCUGCACCACGACCAGCAACAGAGUGUGUCAGUGCAAACCAGGAAGUUUCCGGAAUGGCAAUUCCACUGAGAUGUGUCGGAAGUGCAGCACAGGUGCAUCAGCUGCCAGUUCCACUGAGAAAACCGCAGCGGUGGAGGAGACAGUGACCACCAGCCUGGGGACUCCUGCCCUUUACGGUCUCAUAGCCGGCGUCGUUACAGUCUUCAUCAUUCUGUUUGCGGCUGCGUUUGUUUACAUUUUACGUCGGAAGAAACUCAUUUCUUCACCGAAAGGCAUCUGCUCAGGGUGUCCCCGAAUUGCAAGGCCCUAUUCCUGUUCCCAGCCCCAGGGCUCCUUGUCCAGUGUCCCUGCCCCAAACCUACCCCUGUGCCCCGCUGUCCUCUGGGAGGGAGGUGCUGUGUGGGCCCCUCCCUGCCUGCUAAGGAGACUCUUUCUCUUCCAGGUAGUGGAGGGGACCCCGAACGUGUGCACAGAGAACAGGCAGACGCUCAAGUGUGGGUGUCAGAGGAAGACGCUGGUUCCAGUGAAUGACGCUGACCCCACUAAGAUCAACACCUUGCUGGAUGCCUCGGCAACACUGGAGGAAGGACAUGCAAAGGAAACAAUUCAGGACCACAUGGUGGACUCCGAGAAGCUCUUUUAUGAAGAAGAUGACGUAGGCUUUGCUACGUCGUCCCUGUGA